AUGGGCCCUGCACCUGAACGAGGAGGAUUUGAUCGCGGUCGUGGACGAGGACGAGCUCAUAAAGAAGAAAAAGAUGAUUGGGUGCCAGUAACAAAGCUUGGACGCCUUGUUAAGAUGGGAAAAAUCCGUUCCCUUGAAGAAAUAUAUCUUUAUUCACUUCCUAUCAAAGAAUAUCAAAUUGUUGACUGGUUUUUACCUAAACUAAAAGAUGAAGUAUUGAAAAUAAUGCCGGUGCAAAAACAGACAUGUGCAGGUCAAAGAACACGAUUUAAAGCGUUUGUUAUAGUUGGAGAUUCAGAUGGACAUGUAGGCCUUGGUGUAAAAUGCUCUAAAGAAGUUGCAAUUGCUAUACGUAGAGCUAUUAUUCUUGCCAAGCUAUCGGUAAUACCUGUCCGGAGAGGAUAUUGGGGAAAUUCUUUGGGAGAACCCCAUACAGUAUGUGCAAAAGUGAGUGGGAAAUGCAGUUCUUCUAUGUGCCGUCUUGUUCCUGCACCUCGAGGAACGGGCAUUGUUGCUGCACCAACACCUAAACGUCUUCUUCAGUUUGCCGGUAUUCAGGACUGUUAUACGUCAUCUCGUGGUGCUACCCGCACUCUUGGAAAUUUUGUCAAGGCAACGUUUGCAGCAAUUGGAAAUACUUAUGGUUUUUUAACACCUAACCUUUGGAAAGAAAUUCCAUACUAUCCAACUCCUUUUGAAGAGUUUUCAGAUGUUCUUAUGCAAACCGAAAAAGUUAAAUAUUAA